CAACACUGAGAUACACAGUAGCAUGGCUUUGAACAAUCCCACCCCUCUGGGACCAUGGAAGAUCACAGUUUAUGACAAGGAGAACUUCCAAGGCAAGCGCCUGGAGUUUACCUCGGCCUGCCAGAACAUCAUGGAGUGUGGGGUUGACAAUAUUCGUUCACUCAAGGUUGAAUGUGGAGCCUGGGCAGGAUAUGAGCACUCCAGCUUCUGUGGACAGCAGUUUGUGCUGGAGAGGGGAGAAUAUCCUCAUUGGGAGUCAUGGAGUGGCAGCAAUGCCUACCACAUUGAGAGGAUGAUGUCUUUCCGCCCCAUCUGCUCUGCUAACCACAAAGAGUCCAAGAUGGUGUUAUUCGAGAGGGAGAACUUCAUGGGUCGCCAGUGGGAGAUAAACGAUGACUAUCCCUCUCUGCAGGCCAUGGGCUGGGGCAACAAUGAGAUUGGAUCCAUGCAGGUUCAGACUGGCGCCUGGGUGUGCUACCAGUUUCCUGGUUACCGUGGUUACCAGUAUAUCAUGGAGUGUGAUCGGCAUGGUGGAGAGUACAAACAUUACAGAGAGUGGGGCUCCCAUGCUCAGUCCUUCCAGGUGCAGUCGCUGCGUCGGAUUCAGCAAUGAGACCUGAAGCCACCUCUUCCAACCUCUCACUCUUUACCUCCUCCACAUCCUCCUCCUCCUCCUCCCUUCACCCAGUCAUUCCAACACCUUCUGGUGCUUUGCUAUUAAGAUGUUUACAGCAAUUUUGUUUUGUUCUGUUGCCAAAUGAAAAUAAAGAGAAACAAUGGGAAGAAGUAAGGAAAGAAAAAAACAAAACAAAAAACAAACAGUUACUGAGAGAAGCUCCUGACUGAUGCCCCACUGAGGAAAGAAGAGGAGGAAGUUAAAGUGUGCUCAAGGUGGCAGCAGGGUGGUGAUGUCACUCAGAGUCAUUGCUCCUCAUAUUUGUCAGUAAAUAUGAUCCUUCCAGUGAUCAAUA